AUGGCAACAGAAUGUAUAAAAAACUGCUGUAAAUGGUGUUUCUGCAUGGAAAACGAAAAAAAUGAUUCGGUUUCCAUGGUGCAGGAAUCUGAAGCAGUACCCGCAAGCAAGCCAACUAUUGUAGAGAAGCCUGCAUUGUCUUCUGUGUCCGUGAAGCGUCAAGUUGGCUGUUCAGAGGAUUAUCUGCUUUCUAAACUGCCCCUGGAUGGUCAGGAGGUACCAUUUGUGGUCCCUCCAUUCAAAUUGGCUUAUGUACAGCCGAAGAACCUUCCUAGUAUCUCACAUGCUGGAGAGAUUCAAGAAUCUGCCAGAGCCUCAUUUGGUGACCGGAAAGCAGAACUGCACGGCGUGUACCAAUGGCCCCGCUAUGACGUCUACAACCCGUUCUAUUUGGAGCAUCGUGUUUCGCCAGAUCUGAUUAGGCGCUUCCAAGCAAAAUCAGAUAAUAGGAAAUUGUAUGGAUCAGUUAGUGAUUUACGACCUAGUGCUUUGCCUGGAUCGUUUGAUGUAAGUCGUUCCAUGUUUGAUCUCAGAAGUCCGCCUCAUCGAUUCAUGAAG